GUUUUGAAUCGUCUUCGAGAAUAUCUAAACGAAGAGAACUCGAAUGAAGGGAGAUUCCACAGUGUUUGGCAGAAUGCUACAUAUGCCGCUGACCAGGCUGGGUCUUCAUCUUCACUGGCAAAUAGCUCUGGACUAGCCGAAUGUCAUAGCUUGUCAACCUCUGUGCCAGGGAUCAUUCCUACUGGGUCAGCUAGUUCAACCGCCUCGGCGGCGUCGUCCCCUUUGGCCGGCAAAGAAAUUAUCGAGGUAGAAGGCUGCGGCCAGUUUCACCGUAUCUGGUCAGCUGUGCAAUUCGUUUUCAGCACUCCUUUUGGUCAGAAUGAGUACACUGUUGAGGAGAUGUUUGGCGAAGGCCUCAACUGGGCCGGUUGUACACUAAUUCUUCUGUUAGGCCAGCAGCGACGGUUUGAGGCGCUCGAUAUUGGUGGACAACUGCUGCGUGCACAGAGGGCUGACAAAAAGGAUUCCACUUCCGAAGGAGUGGUGCGUUGCGUAUGA